AUGGGUACUGCCAAGAGGACACGCAAGUUUGGUGCUGUCAAACGUAUAAUCGGCCAGAAUGACGCCCGUUUAAAGAAGAACCAGCAAAAGGCGGAGGAGGAGAGCAAAAAGAAAGAGGCGAAAGAUAACGAGGUGAUCCGAGAAGUACCACAAGUUUCCUCCGCCCUCUUUUUCCAAUACAACACCGCCCUCGUCCCACCCUACAACGUCCUCGUCGACACGAAUUUCCUCUCCCACACCAUCCAACGCAAACUCCCCUUACUAGAGACCCUCAUGGACACAUUCUACGCGAAAUGCAAUCCCAUAAUCACAUCCUGCGUGAUGGGCGAGUUAGAAAAGCUAGGCCCGAAAUACCGAAUCGCAUUACGGAUCGCUAGAGACGAGCGCUGGGAACGACAACAAUGCGAUCAUAAAGGCGUGUAUGCGGAUGACUGCAUCGUGGAUAGAUGUGUGAAGAGCAGGAUCUAUGUAGUGGCUACCAAUGAUCGCGAUUUGAAGAGGAGGAUACGGAAGAUUCCUGGUGUGCCGAUUGUCAGUGUUGCAAGAGGUAAAUAUGUGGUUGAGAGGUUGCCAGAUGCGCCUGAGAAAUAG